AUGGUGUGGGCGGCGGCCGGGGGCGCGGGAGGGACUCUCCUCCUGCUGCUCUUGUUUGCGAGCAGUCACCUUGAAUCUGCUGUACCUGGACGAGUGACGAUGUACAGCAAGGGAAGGGCCCAGUUGGCAAAGGCACGAAUGCAGAGCCUGGCAUACACUUUCACGCCGGAAGAGAACCCUCUAGAAGACUUUGAUGCAGGAUACAAGGCGCCUGCUUACUCGUAUACCCCUGAGAAGAACCCUUUCGAUAACUUCGAGGGCUAUGGGUUUUCAACCACCUCGCACUCGACUGGUGAGAGCCCAUACCCUCCUACAAAGGCUGCGGAUACAAAGAACGUCUGGGAAGACCUUCCAGACAAGUAUCCCUUCGAUGAGCGCAAGAACGGACUGAAGGAAUCUCCGGCGCAGGCCUUGAGAGAGCCGAAUGUCUGGGACGAUCAUUCAGACGCCAGCCAAGACAGCUCAUGGCAGCUGGGCGACAAGAUGACAUUCAACUUCAAACACUACGAGGACGAUUCCUUCGAUCAGGACUCUUCGACGAAGGCACUGGGAGAGGUCAAUGUGUGGGAUAAUGACAAGGGCAUGCCCUGA